UUAAAACCAUUUUACUACUUUUCUAUUUAUAUGACCCUUCUCCUUUGCUUACAGCUUUGGAAAGAAAAAUAUCAAUGAGGCAGAGCAGAGAGGAGCUUAUAAAACGAGGAGUACUGAAAGAAAUUUUUGAUAAAGAUGGGGAGCUUUCCAUACCAAAUGAAGAAGGAGCUUUGGAGAAUGGGCAGCCUUUGGGCUCUGGGCAAGUGCUGAGCUCCAGCCAGGUGUCCCUGCCUGCCCUAGCAGAACUGGAGUCAGGUCCAGCAUCUGGAGAACCCUGCUCAUACGAGGUGCUCCCAACCACAGAGAUCAUGGAUGGCACAGCGUCUGAAGAGAGCCCCACAUCCAAUGAAUCCGGCGUCCUCCUGUCCCAAGAUCCUACAGCUAAGCCAGUCCUGCUACUUCCCCCCAAAAAAUCUGCUGCUUUCCCUGGAGACCAUGAGGACACCCCAGUGAAACAGUUGUCCCUCCUCAAACAGCCCCCUGCCCUGCCUCCUAAACCUAUUGCCAGGAUUGCCAGCCACUUAACUGAUCCUGGCGCUCCUGUGAAACUGCCUUGUAUGCCAGUUAAACUGUCACCUCCACUACCUCCAAAGAAAGUCAUGAUUUGCAUGCCUUUAGGGGGGCCAGACCUCUCCCUUUCAUCUUACUCCACGCAGAAGAGCUCCCAGCAGCCUUUGACCCAGCACCAUCACACUGUCCUGCCAUCCCAGUUAGCGGCUCACCAGCACCAGCUCCAGUACGGCAGCCACAGCCAGCACCUGCCUUCUGGGUCCAACACAUUGCCCAUUCACCCUUCAGGGUGUCGGAUGAUAGAGGAACUGAACAAAACGCUAGCCAUGACCAUGCAAAGGCUAGAAAGCUCUGGUUUACACACAGGUGACAGUGUUACAAAAACAGUACCCGGGGGCCUUCCAGACAUGAGACAAGUGCCAACUGUUGUGAUCGAAUGCGAUGACAAUAAAGAAAAUGUGCCUCAUGAAACCGACUAUGAAGAUUCUUCCUGCCUCUACACAAGACAGGAAGAGGAGGAAGAGGAAGAUGAAGAUGAGGAUAACUCAUUAUUUACAAGCUCCCUGGCAAUGAAAGUCUGCCGGAAGGACUCUUUAGCAAUCAAACUAAGCAACAGGCCUUCUAAGCGAGAACUGGAGGAAAAGAACAUCCUCCCCAUGCAGACUGAUGAAGAGAGGCUUGAACUUAGGCAGCAGAUUGGGACAAAGUUAACAAGACGACUGAGCCAGAGGCCAACUGCUGAAGAAUUGGAGCAGAGGAACAUACUGAAACCCCGGAACGAGCAAGAGGAGCAGGAGGAAAAACGAGAGAUAAAGAGAAGAUUAACACGUAAGCUGAGUCAAAGGCCUACGGUAGAAGAGCUACGUGAGAGGAAGAUCCUCAUCCGCUUCAGUGACUAUGUAGAAGUGGCAGACGCGCAGGACUACGACAGGAGGGCGGACAAACCCUGGACACGACUCACAGCUGCUGACAAAGCAGCCAUUCGGAAAGAGCUUAAUGAAUUUAAAAGCACUGAAAUGGAAGUCCAUGAAUUAAGUAGGCAUCUAACAAGGUUUCACAGACCGUAGCAGUUCAAUUCUACCUGACUACUAUGCCAUCUUCAAAACAUAACUAAAAGGAACCAUAAGUGCUGGUAUUAUUCACUUCUCUGUUACGUACAAUGUAAAUCUUCUGAACUGCCUUUUUAAAAAAAAAAAAUAGUAGAAAAAUAAAUAUAAAAAACCCAGGAGAAUUGUAUUUACAUGUGAUGGGUACUGCAGCAUCAUCAGACCUGCUGGUUCAAGUUUCAAUAACAGAAAAUACCCCUGGUGGGAAUCAUGCCAAGACUUGGCAUCUAUGUAUAAGACUUUCCCGGCAUGUGGAUUUGCCAUACAUGUUCAAGCCCAGCUGGCGGUGCAUCCAUUUCGUCUUCAGGCACCCCUCAUCCUGACAAGCCUCUGUCAUCAAGUCUAGAGAGCCCUGAGAUGGUGUUCAAGGAGUCACUGGCCUGCGUGAAGUCUCCAAAAGAUGAGCACCUACAGCACUAAAGCACUUAUACCAAACACUCCUUUCAGGCUGCAAGCACCUUAUGAGGAUUGUGAAGGAGCAAAACAGGCCAGCCCAUCUGUGAAUAUCAUCUGACUAGAAAAGCAUUUCUUUCCCUGGAAAAGUUUAUGGCCAGUCAAUAGGCACUGUUCAGCUCCCAACCAGAAAAUGGCAUCACCUGUAAAGAACAGGACUCCCUAGCGAAGGCUGGUUCCAUUCUAGCAACUAUUUUUCAUCUCUUUCAGGUAUAAUUUUCUAAACACCAUUGUGAACCCAUCAGCAGUAAGCGAUAAGAAUGUUAAGGACAAGCAAGCAAACCCCAUCUCUUCAUGGUCACUGCAUGGCAUUCGCUCAGCUUGUAGUUUUUUACACCCAAGCCUCAUGACUGUAUGAGAGCCAGCGCAUGCCUGGCAGCAAGAAAGGCUGGGAUUCCCACCAGCUCUGCAGAGGGACACACAACAGGAGGAACUGGGCUCUGAUGAGGGAUGUCUAUCCUCUCUUAUAUCAUGUGUUUCAAGAACUGAUCCUAAACUCACACUGAGAAAAGUGUGACAGGUUGUGUUACCUGACCUAACAAAAGGAGCCUGAUGCAUUGGUAUGGAUGGUGGGACUCAUCACUGGUACCCACAGCUGAGGUAUAAGGACAGCAAUUCAGAGGUGUUAUGUUUUGGUUUUAAUUUCUUUUUAGUAUAGUGGUUUUACACACAAACUGACCAAGUAGAGCUCAGAGAGCUGGUCACUCUGGGCUUGGUUUACCUGCCAAUUUAAGCGUGUGCUUAACACUGCGUAAGCAUGCAAACAGCCUCACUGCAUUCAAGAACAUGUCUGACAGGCUUAACCGAAGCUGAACACAUUUAAGUGCUUUUCUGAACUAAGGCCAGCACCUUCUAAAAUAAAGUCCUUGACUCCAGCAAGUUGAGGCAAACAUUGUCUUGGAUUCCUUUCCAGUUCUAGCAAGAAACUAUUAUGCCAUGUUUUGGACCAUUGGCCCAAAGCACUGUAGCAAAAUUGUCAGGAGUUCUAGAUUAUUACUUCAGGACCUUUUUUUCUUCCAUAAGAGCUAUUUUGCUUUGACAGGUUGAACAGAGAGGCCAAAGUUUUUUUACUACAGUAUUGUUAUUUCUAUUAUUUUUUCCUUUCUCACAGUCUUCCAUGUAGCUAUCCAUUCUUCUGUGCUCCCUCUCUACCUCCCCUGAUGCCAUGCUAAUGUUGCCCUUCACUGAUUUUGGGCUGAGAAGUCUCUUGCACCCAAGCAUUUAAUGGCCAAGGCUGCAUAGUGCCAACACUCCUGCCUCUUCUCAGGCCUCCAUCUCAUUCCUUUGGUCGCAGGAGUAAAGCAAAAGGACCUGCACAUAGCCCAUGGAGUUGCUCUAGCAUUCAGCCUGCCCAAGUGACACUGGCAGUGAGGCUGACUCACUCCAUUUAUGCUUAGUGGUGGUGCUUAAUACCUCACAGAUUUGCUCUCUGUCAGAGACAAGCAAACGUUUUCAUUCUCAUGUGUGGCUGUCCUUGCAAUGCUGUGGAUUAUUAGCUAUUAACUAAGAAUAGGAUGGAAGAUGCUACAAAUGAAAGCAAAAACCAGCUGGUUUCUGGUGCCUCAUUUUUGCGGUAUUCCAGGCUGGGUGAUGAUUUCUGAAGAAACACACCCAGUGACCCCUGUAUCACCAGCCUGCAGUCACUUUAGAUACAAGUUCAGCAGUAGUGAAAGCCUUUAAUGUGCAAUGUUAUCCGCUCAGUGCAGCAAAGACAGAGAGCACUUAUCUACUAGCCAGGAAUCCACUGCUUUGGGGUUAUUUUCAUGAAAACCUGGGGUUCAUGUUUUUAAAUUCAUUCACAUACACAUACACAUGUAACAAGACUGCAUCACAGCUUUAAAAAGGGAAAACAAAACGCUGUGCUUUUUUUGACUGCACAUACACAGUACUAGGAAAAUGCCCUGCAACAUAGCUGUUUUGAAGAGCAGCAAGCCCUCAUGUUCCCAGUAUGGAUCCCAUACCUGCCCUGCCAUUGUUAGCUUAGAGGUUCACCAUGAGAGUAGGCCAUUUAAGGAGCAGCAGUAACCA